AUGGCUCGCCCAGAUCUUUUCUACGAACCUCCCAAGGGCGAACGCUCUGGUUUACCGCAUGAUCCGUUUAAAAGCUUUGUUAUUCCUCGUCCGAUCGGCUGGAUUAGUACUACCAGCAAGGACGGCCAGGAUAAUCUAGGGCCAUUUAGCCAAUUUAACAACGUCUCCUUUGACCCCCCCACAAUUCUUUUUAUUGGACAUCAAUCUGUGUAUAAGAAGCGCAGCAAGGACUCAGUCGUCAAUGCCAGAGACACUGGCGAGUUUGUGUGGAAUAUGGCCACCUAUGAUCUCAGAGAUGCCGUCAAUGCAUCCUCCCUUGAGUCUUGGGAAGAUGAGUUUCCCAUUUCAAGUGUAACCAAGGCACCAAGCCGCGUUGUGAAACCGCCUCGUGUGGCCCAAUCUCCCGUGAGCUUUGAGUGCAGGGUGCAUUCCAUCAUUCGUAUCCAAGGCGACUCGUUGGUUGGCCAUUCAGAUAUUGUUGUGGGACGCGUGGUAGGAAUCCAUGUCAAAGGAGAAUAUAUCACGCCGGAUGGACUGUUUGAUGUUCUGAAGGCUGCCCCGUUAGCUCGACUCGGCUACCAUCAGUAUACGGCUAUUAACAAUAUAUUUGAUAUGAAGAUGCCAUUCAUGCCUGAUGAUACAGAGAGUAUGGGUGUCCUGGCAGGUGCUGCGCCGCCCAAGGAAACGGAAAAAGAGGUUGAAGACGGAGCGAAAUGA